AUGUCUUCACAUCUUUGGCCAACUAUUGAAACAUCAAAAGUGAAUUCAUUAUGGUUUCGACCAUUACAACCUGUACGAGAAGAAUUUAGUUUAGCUAAAUUUGAAGAAUUACUUGAACAAGAACGACGACAUAACAUUGAAAAAGGUGUAAAUUUACCAUUUCAUGGAAGAACAGAAAUGGAUAAUACUGAUGAUGAUGAAGAUGCUGAUGAAGCUGAAGAAGAAAGUGAAGGUGGUGAACCAGAUGAUGAAAUGGAUGCACAACACGGUCCAGGAUCACCUGGAAAUACAAUCGGAACUGGAGCAACACCACAUGAUGCUUAA